AUGACACAUAACAUACCAGACAAUCGUGAUAUUUCCUGUUAUCAUGUAACUAAACAUUCAUGGCGUGGUAAAUAUAAACGCAUAUUUUCCAUUGGUACACAUGGUAUUAGUACAUAUGAACCAUCAACACUUGGUCUUACAAAUGCUUGGUCAUAUGAUCAAGUUGUAUCAUUAACAUUAUCAAAAUCUUCGAAUACAUCCGAUAAAUCUCAACAAUCAAUAUCAAAUUCAUCGCCAAUAGCAGAAUUUAUAUUAACAUUUCGAACAAAAUCAAAAAAAAAUGAUACAAUGCGUUUUUCAAGUGAAUAUCGUUCGGAUAUCAUCACUGAUGCCUUACGUUUUCAAACAUUAUUUUAUCAUCAUCAACAAGCAACAAGUCAGCCAAAAGUAAUACACGCAACAAAAAUUCAUUGGUCAUCACAACGUUUACCAGUACUUUUACGUAUACAAUCACAUUGUAUUGAUCAAAUUGAUGCAACUACAAAUCGUUAUUUAUGUUCAUAUGAAUAUAAAGAUAUUGAACAAUUAAUUCCAUUAACAAGUGAAGGUGAUACAACCGUACGUGGAUUUCUUAUACAAGAUAAACAUUAUUCACGUUUACAUGCAUUUGUUACAACAGAAACAUCAACAUUAUUUCAAAAUAUAAUUGAUUCAGCACAUACAAAUAUAGGUGUACAAAUACGUUUAUCAAAAAAAUCUUAUACACUUAAUGAUUAUAAUCAAUUACGUUUUGGUCCAACAUAUAUAUCUGAUGAACAUUUAACAUCAUUUGCAGAAUUUAUUGUUUAUAAACAUUCAUCAAGACAUGUUGAUCAUGUUCGACGUUUACUUUGUUUAACUGAAACAUGUUUAAUUGAACGUGAUCCAGCUACAUAUCAUAUAUGUACAUUAAAACCAUUAAAUGAAAUAUUUGGUCUUGUACGACAUAAAGAUUCAUUACAAGAAUUUACUAUUGAAUAUAUAAGAAAUAAUCCAACACGAUCAAAAUGUAAAUAUACAUCAACUGAACGUGAUAUUUUAUUAGCAACAUUAUUGGAUGGUGUACGUUCAGCAGGGAAUAAUGAUUGUUGUGUUAAAACAAAUCCAACUGAUAGAGGAAAACGUUUUGCACCAUUUGGACAUUUAGUUGAUGAUGAAGUUGAAAUACAACAUUUAAAAUUUCUUGUACAACCACCAUCGGGUCGACUUUCUACUCCACAAGAUUCACAUAAUCCAUCAGCAUCACAAGGUGGUGUUUCAUUUAAUGAAAUUCUUAAACGGUUUAAUGCAAAUGUACCUUAUAGUGGACUUAUUAAUGCUGUUUCAUCAGAAGGUCUCUUUGCUGAAAAUAAAGAAAAAUUAAUUCAUUCAGCGCUUAACACUUUAGUUGAUACCGAUACAACUACUAAUGUUGUUGAUCUUGAAUUUAUCGAAGAUCAAUAUCUUGCUUUUCGUCGUUUAUUAGCGUCAAAAGCUGGUUUUCAAGCAUUUACACAAUUACCGAAAUUUCGUGAACGUAUUGGAACAAAAAUUGUUCGUUCUUUAAAAUUAAAUGAUGAUCAAAUAACAUAUGCAGCAUUAGAAGUUUUAAAUACAUUAUUACAACCAAUGCAUUUAGAUUAUGAUUUACGUCAAGAACAACUAAAUAAAUCAAGUAUAUUAUCAACGAAAAAAUUUCUUGAAAGUUUAUUAGAUAUAUUUUUAAAACAUGUUAAACAAAAUACGGGUUCAUUAAUUAUUUCAUCAUUUCUUGACUUUUUAACAUAUACUUUAUGUCCACCAUUUUCAGAAACAACAGAUGGGCAACAUUUUGAUGUUCUUCUUGAAUUAGUCUCAUCGAAUGGACGAAUAUUUUUUAAAUUAUUUCAACAUUCAUCAUUUACAAUUGUUAAAGGUGCUGGUUCAAUUAUGAAAGCCAUUAUUGAAGAAGGUUCAUCAGAUAUUUCUGCACACAUGCAAGAUUUAGCAUUAAGUGAAGGUGCUUUGCCUGUUCAUCUUUUACGAGCUUUGUUUACAGCAUCAAAUGAUAGUCGAUUGUUACCAUUAAAAUAUCUUAGUCAACAAUUACUUGGUUUAUGGGCAACAGGACAUCCAACAACAUUUGGAUUAUUAAAAAGAAUAUUUCCACUUGGACUUAUUGCUUAUUUAGAUUCAAAUGAAGAACCAGAAAAAGAUUUUGACGAAGCUGCACUUCUUGGCCGUGAUACUCUUCGUUUAGCAACUGAACAGCAUGCUCAAACAAAUAAAUCUAACGCUCUUUCAACAUCAAUUAUAAAUACAGCAAAUAAAAUACGUAAUGCUACUCAAAUGAAAAUUCUUGAGCAACAUGUUCAACAUGCUUUUCAACAUUGGAGUUUAAAAUUCAAACAAAAUAGUAAACUUUUAUCUUCAUCGGAUAAUCCAAAUGCGACAGGAACAAACAUAUCAAGUCAUUCAAAUGAUAAACAACAACCUGUUGUUUUACGUAAACCACGUCAACGUAUACGUGCUGAAAAAAAUUGGCGUUUAUUUUAUCAAAAAUUUGUUAUGGAUCAUGCACGACCAACAUUAAUAUGGAAUAAUAAAACACGUGAUGAAUUACGUGAAACAAUUGAAAAUGAAAUAAGAAAUUUUAAUAUUGAUAAAGAUCUUGGUCAUGGACAUUUAAUAUCAUGGAAUCAUAAUGAAUUUGAAGUUUUAUAUCAAUGUUUAAAUGAUGAAAUUAAAAUUGGAAGUGUUUAUUUACGUUUAUUACUUGAACAAGGAGAACUAACAGCUAAUAAUGAUGCAGCUACAGAUGCUUAUAAUCCCUCGGAAUUUUUCAAUGAUCUCUAUCAUCGUUUUCUAUUAUCUCAACCGAUAAAUACAAAACAAGCAUCAAUGAAAUCAAUGUGUUUACAAGCAAUGACAAUCGUUUAUGCACGUCAUUAUGAAACUAUUGGUCCAUUUAACGAUACAAGACAUAUUAUUCUUAUGCUUGAUCGUUCAACAGAUAAAUGUGAACGUGAUCGUUUACUUAUGUUUAUAAGUAAACUUAUAUUAAAUCAUCGAAAUGUUCGAGAUAUAAUUGAUUGUGGUGGAAUUAAAAUUUUCAUACAACUUAUGUGUUUAGCACAUUUACAUAUAAAUCGUGCACAAGUACCAUUAGCUUCAAAUGUACUUGAAUCAUCAACAACAAUGACAAGAGAAAAUGAAAAGGAAUGGUAUUAUGGAAAACAAGAUAAAGAAAAAGUUGGACCAUAUAGUUUUAGUGAAAUUAAAGACUUAUAUAAAGAAGGAGCUUUUGAUGCUAAAACUCGAUUUUGGGCACAAGGUCUUGAUGGUUGGAAAACCAUGGAUCGUAUUCCUCAACUAAAAUGGAUAGUAUUUGCUGGUGGUCAAUCUAUUUUUAAUGAUAGUGAAUUAGCAGCAACAAUUCUUGAUAUAUUAAAUUCCAUGUGUGAACUCUAUCCUUCACGUGAUCAAGUAACUGGCGCAAUAAUUCGUCCAUUUCCAAAAAUUAAACGUUUAUUAAAUGAUCCAACAUGUUUACCACAUAUUGUACAAUUAUUAUUAACAUUUGAUCCAAAUUUAGUUGAAAAAAUUGUUAUAUUACUUAAUAAAUUGACACAAGAUAAUCCAUUAUUACCACAAUUUUAUAUGACUGGUGUUUUUUAUUUUAUUUUAAUGUAUACUGGUUCUAAUAUUUUACCCAUAGGACAUUUUUUAAAAUAUACGCAUUUAGCACAAGCAUUUCGUUCUGAUGAACAACAACAACAAUCGGGUGAAAAAAAAGAUAUUUAUUUUCGUUCUAUACUUGGUCAUAUAUUACCAGAAGCGAUGAUUUGUUAUUUAGAAAAUCAUGGACCUGAAAAAUUUGCACAAAUGUUUCUUGGUGAAUUUGAUCAACCGGAAACAAUUUGGUCAAAUGAAAUGCGUCGUUUAAUGAUUGAAAAAAUUGCUGUUCAUUUAGCUGAUUAUUCUCCACGUUUAAUGUCAAAUAUUUCAGCGAUUUAUUCAUAUUGUACAAUACCAAUUAUUAAUUAUCCACAAUUAGAAAAUGAAUUAUUUUGUAAUACAUAUUAUUUACGUCAUUUAUGUGAUGAACAAAAAUUUCCCGAAUGGCCUAUACGUGAUCCAAUUGCAUUACUUAAAGAUUGUUUAAAUAUGUGGAAAGCGGAAUUAGAGAAAAAAGGAAGUGAUAUGAGUGUUGAUGAAGCUUAUCAAGUACUUGGUCUUAAUACAAAAGAUGAAUCGAAUUCAUCAGAUUCUUCAGCUAAUAAUGGUCCACACAAUGAAUCAACUAUUCGUAAAGCAUAUUUUCGUCUUGCUAAUAAAUAUCAUCCAGAUAAAAAUCCUAAUGGUCGUGAUAUGUUCGAACGUGUUAAUAAAGCCUAUGAAUUUUUAUGUGCUGCAUCCAGAAUUCAACAAGGUCCAAAUGAAUUUAAUAUUUAUUUAUUACUUAAAACUCAAUCAAUUCUUUAUCGUCGUUAUAAAACAUUAUUAUCCGAAUAUAAAUAUGCUGGUUAUCCUUUGUUAAUACGUAUACUUGAAACUGAAGCUAAAAAUGAUCAAUUAUUUUCAAUGGGUAAUACAACAAAAGCUACAGCUUUAUUACCAAUUGCCAUUGAAUUACUUUAUUAUACACUUGAUUGUUCUGAAUUAAAUUGUGAAGAAUUAAGACGUGAAAAUGGUUUAGAAAUUUUAACACAAGUAUUUCAACGUUGUUCAUCUGUUAUAACAAAAUCAUCGAAAUCGGAUGAUUUUAUUGUUGCUGUUUGUCAAUAUUCAGCAUUAUGUUAUAGUGUUGCUGGACAUUUUGAAAAAUCACGUGAUUUAUUUAUUGAUCCUGAUAAACUUCAAUGUGUAUUAAGAGAAUUAUGUCAUUGUUUAAAUUAUACUCAUUUAAAACAAUUAUGUACAUGUGUAUGUAAAGCAGCUAUUUCAUUAUGUGAUGGUGAUGUACGUUUAAGAGAUUUAUUACAUCGUCAUGGAUUAUUUGUUUAUGCUUGUCGUGGUUUAUUUAAUUAUGAUUAUACUUUAGAUGAAAGUGGAAUUGCUGAUCCAAGUAAUAAACAAUAUGUUGAUAAUCAAUUAGCAUGUGAUUAUUUACAAACUCUUGCAUCACUUAUACCAAAUAAUCCACCAGCUUUCAUUGCUGCUCAAACAUUUUUAACACCAUAUAUUGUAUCACAAUUACCUGAUCGUAUGGUACUUAAAUUACUUAAUUCAAAUCAAGAACAACCAUAUUUAGUAUGGGAUAAUUCUUGUCGACAAGAAUUAAUUGAUAAAUUAGAUGAAACACGUGAUUAUUUAGUUAAAAAUGAAUAUAAAUUAAAUAUUGAAAAAUUUGGUAAUCCAUCAGAUUUUCUUUAUUCAGCACAUAAAACUGAAUUAAUUAUUGGUGAAAUAUUUGUACGUGUUUAUAAUUUACAACCAACAACAGUUUUAAAAGAUCCGAAAAAAUUUUGUUCGGAUUUAAUUGAUUUCUUAGGAACAAGUUCACAAUAUGUUAAUACACUUAUGGCAAUGCAAUUACAACAUGAACAAGAACAAAAAUCUAAUGAUGAUAAAAAGUCGACUGAAGGUCUUCAUCGUAACAAACAAGAACAUAUAUCUCAAGCUCUUGAAGCCUUAAAAAAUGUUAUUCGUAAUAAUAUGGGUAUUGAAACAUUAUGUAUUGGUCAUUUUAAAUUAUUAUUUUCUUUAUUACGCAUGGAAAAUGUUGCACGUUUACAACAAAAUGCAUUAGAAUUAAUACUUCAUUUAAGUGGUUCAAAUGAAUGUGUUAAUGAUAUAUCACAAUCAAAUGUUAUUGUUUAUUUAUUACUUGUUUUACGUUCAUCAUUAUCAAAUCAAGAAACAACAUUAGAAAUUUUAAAUGCAUUAUCAUCAAAUGGUAAAAUUGUUCGUGAUAUUGUUGAUAGUGGUGGUCUUCUUUAUUUACUUGAUAUAUUUUCAAAUGGACAAAAUUCAAAUUUACGUGAAUAUGCAGCUAAUGUUUUAUCAAAAUUAAUGAAUGAUCGUUUACAUGGUCCACGUAUACGCUUACAAUUAAUUAAAUAUUUACCUGGUUUAGUUGUUGAUGCAAUGCGUGAAUCAUGUGAAACAUCAAUACAAUUAUUUGAAACAACACAUGAAAAUCCUGAAUUAAUAUGGAAUGAUCAUACACGUGAAAUGACAUGUGAACGUAUUGGAAAACAAAUCAAUGAAUUCUAUUUAAAACAACGUAUUGCACCAACAGAAACAAAAUGGUCUAUUGAUGAUGCAUAUCAAUUAUUAGGUGAUGAUGAAGAAACACAACGAAUUAGACAAAAUGAAUUAUUAGUUGGAGGAGUUUAUGUUCGUUUAUUAAUUGCUAAUCCUGGUUGGGUUGUACGACGACCAAAAGAAUUUCUUACUGAAUUACUUAGUCGAUGGACUACACAUACAAAACAACCAGAACAACUUCUUAUGUCACAUACAGAUGAAUUUGAAAUGUUAACUCAAUGUUUAAUCCAAUUAUUACAUGCUCAACCAACAUUAUGUGAACAUUUACCAUCAAUUGGAUUUUUACCAUCAAUUGUUCAAGCAUUAGAGUGUAAAAGUAACGGUGCUAUAGUUGCAUCAGCAAUUAAAGUUCUUUUUGCACUUUGUAAAUCGGAAGUUUGUUUACAAACAUUUUCAACAAAAUGUCCGCAAAUUAUUAAUGGAUUUAGACAAGCUAUGGAAACAAGACGUGACCAGCUUGGACUCAUUGCUGAAAGUUUACAUGACUUAUUUCGUACUCCACCACCUGGUACACCUGAUGAAUUUAUCAAAGAUGCGUUACGUUGCCAAUUAAUUGAACAUAUUCUUACAUUACUUAAUCAACCAUUAGCUGAUGUUGAAAAACCUGGUUCAUGUAAAGCACAUCUUGUUGAUUCAUGUAAAUUAAUGGCUGAAUCAUUAGUUUAUGGUGAACAAGUAUUAAGUAUACUUCAAUCAUCAACUGUAUGGAAUGAUUAUAAAGAUCAACGACAUGAUUUAUUUAUUCAAACAUCAUCACAUAUGCAAGCAAUAACUGGUGGUUCAGUUGGUCCACAAAUCGCUGGUUAUUUAACAUCAUCUGUAUCGUCAACAACAGCAGGGAAGCAAAACAUGACUGUUCCACCACCUUUAGUCGAUCAAUAA